CGCCCUUGCAGGUGCUCACGUCUCGACCGACUCCGCAGGAAGAUCCAUUUUCUUGGUGUUUAAAGAAAAGAAAAAUGUCCCCGUGUCUGUAGAGAUGAUUUGCAGUUCAGCCAGGCUGAAGCUGAGCGAAUGAGACUAUGGGCUGUGCCUCCGCCAAGCAUGUUGCCACUGUCCAAAAUGAAGAGGAAGCCCAGAAAGGGAAGAACUACCAGAACGGAGAUGUGUUUGGCGAUGAAUAUAGGAUCAAACCGGUGGAAGAGGUCAAAUACAUGAAAAAUGGGGCAGAAGAGGAGCAGAAAAUAGCAGCCAGGAACCAAGAAAACUUGGAAAAAAGUGCCAGUUCCAAUGCAAGACUUAAAACAAAUAAAGAGAUUCCAGGAUUAGUUCAUCAACCCAGAGCCAACAUGCACAUCUCUGAGAGCCAACAAGAAUUCUUCAGAAUGCUGGAUGAAAAAAUCGAAAAGGGUCGAGAUUACUGUUCGGAAGAAGAGGAUAUCACAUAGCACCGAUUCUACCGCGCAGACCAGGAGCUACUACUGUGUAAAUAGGUUGCACCCCAGUUGAAAUCUUUGCAAAGGUCGGUCCUCUUCAAAGAACAGCACUAUAGCGAAAGAAGAUCGUUCCAUAUCGUAUGCCCCAUUAAAUUACAGUGUUUCUUAAUGAACUUGCAAAGGAAUAUUGCUAAAAACAAACAACAACAACAAAAAAAACUGUUCUCGAACUUUCUUUGUUGCUGCUAGUUAAAACUUGUUGCAACUUUUCACUUCUCUCGUGUCCAGGUAUGCAGCAAAAAUUCUGCAAUUUCACCUUAAAGAUACUGUUGGUUUUCCAGAGGCUCUCCAACCUAUUUUCUAUAAGAUGAGGUAGUGGUGAACUCAGAUAUCAAACUUCUGUUCUAGACUGGUUCUGCUUCUAAGCGUCUCCUCCCCUCUCUCCUUCCUCCCUGUCUCUCCCGAGCGGUCCAGAGCCAUGCUUCUCACUGGCAAUGCUGCGCUUUGGAGAUGGGAUGGUUGCUAUGGCAAGCCUUGUUUCUCGGCUAAGAAGAAGUAGAGAAGCCAUUAUCGAUUAAAAGCAUGUGGUGUGACAUGACUCCUGGAAGUGACACGGGAGCAAGCAGCCAGUUGUUUCAUUUACUAGGUAUCUUAAUCAAGGAUUGAGCUCGCAACAUUGGCUUUGCUCAGAUGCAGACGGAAGUGUGAUCACAAUCAUUUCGAAUCCCUCUUCCCCACUUUUUUUUUUUCUAAGAAAAUAAACAUUUUACUGUUUUUAUGGA